AUCGCCCGCUCCCAAUUUUUGCUGGGAGCGCCGGCUCUCUGGGCCCAAUGUGCGUCGCUGUAGCGCUUGCCUCCUUCGGCCGUCCUGCCGCCUGCCCCGGCGCACCGGCCGUGAAGCGAUGGAGCGUCGGUGGGUGCCUGCGUCGCCCGAGGCGUGCCUGGCCCAGAUCCCAGAACUCCUCGCGUUGUGGAAAAAUCACGACGGGGGGGUUUUCGCGACUUUCGGCCUCGGGGGGCCCUGAAUUACCGGGUCUCGGGACUCGAAAAAUCCGCACGGAGCGCCAAAAGUUCAUGUGUAUGGCGCUUCCUAUUCUUCAAGGCCCGUGGCUGCACAGUGGGCGGCCGAGGCACGGCGGCCUGCGCAAGAGGCGCUCUCCUCCCCGGACCCCGCACGAGUGGCGCGGUCUGCUCGGAGCGGUGCUUGUGCACACGCCCAGAGCGGAGGCCCCGAGCACCGCGCCGCGAGGUGUCCUGUCCUGUCUUGUUUCGGGGCCUCGUAGGGUUGGGCGCUUCUGCUCGAAGGCCACGGCAUCUCUCCUCCCCUCCGUCCCCCCCCUCUUCUUCUCGUCUCUCCCCCCCCUCGCUGUGGCCAGCCCCAUCAACCCUGCCCCCUCAGACGGUGGCCCUGCAAUCGUGUCGGAGCUGCUGGGCAGCUGCACCCUCGACCACACGAGCUUCCAGACGGGGGGCUUCGAGGGAAAGCUGGAGCUGGACGCCGACGACGGGAUCCCGGCGACGCUCGAGGUGAAGGUCCUGGUGGUGGCAUACCCGCCGCCGCCCGAUGACGCGAGGAGGCUCUUCGUGAAGGUCUGCAGCGGCAACGAGCUGCCGUACAUAGAGGGCAAUGCGUUCUGCAAGGUGCUCAUCCCAGGCAGGGAGGGCGAGAUGGUGACCAGGAUCGGCGGCCAUCAGCUCUCGGACCCGAUGUGGAACGAGGAGAACGAAAUGCAGGGCUACCAGCCAGGCGACUCCCUCAAGUUCGAGAUCUUCGAUUACGUCGCUGGGGGAUCGGCCGCGUCCAACAACCACAAGCUCGUGGCCACAGCGGAUCUCGGGGGAACCUUCUACCCCGCGGGCUACGAGGGGCCGCUUCCUCUCACGUGCGCAGGCGGCGACGAGGGCGGUGAGGGCGCUACGCUAGAGAUUGCCGUGGAGGUCUUCAUCCCGCCGCCGCAGGAUCCCGGCAAGCACGUGACGCUGCAAGACCGGCAGCCGGUGCCCUUCCAGCUCCGGUCGCUGGAGACAGGCAGGGUGCACAAGCUCUGCGCCUACACGCAGGUGGGCCGCAGCAGGAGGGAGCUGGACCCGACGCUGGACCUCGUGCUGGACAACCCCGGCAUCCAGGACGUGUCCAGGCAGCAUGCUGUCAUCAAGGCCUGGCAGGGGGCGGACGCAAGCUCAUGGCACGUGCGAGCCUACAGCACCAGCGCAUUCGAAGGCUACGCGCAGUCCGAGAACGGCGGCCACGCCGGCGGCGGCACCUGCGUGGACGGCCUCCCGGUGAUGGACCACGUCGGCUCCCCGCUGGAGCCCACCAGCGUGCUCCGCUUCGGCCUGCGCGAGCUCUGGACGCUCGAGCGCUCGGCCGUGCUCGAGAGGAGCCAGGCGGCUGAGAUCGCGUGCAGAAGGGCGCGCAACAUGGAGGAGGAUGACCCCAUGCUCAGGCGGCAGGUGCCCAUCGACACCCUCACCGUGCUGUCGGCGUUGCGAGGGUGCGCCGACUGGGCCUCAAUCGUCCGGGUGUGCCUGGAGAGCAUCGGCGAGCAGGACGAGCCGCCCUGCGCCGACGCCAUCUCGGUGCGCGACGAGUGCGGGUGCCUCGUCCGCAGGCACGUGGCCGAGACCAUCGAGGAGCAGGAGGCGUACGACGUCGAGGGGCAGCUCAGGGGCGACAUCGUCCUGGGGGCCUCGCUGGAGCUGCGCCUGUCCUCGGACCCCCGGCUCCUGGGGCCGCUGUUGCAGCACCUGGACCGCGACCGCGAGCAGCUGGCCGACGACAAGGACAGGGAGCUCGACGGAGUCUUGUUGUAGCGGCCGGCGCCCCCCGCGGGCCGCGCGGUGGCGCCCUCCGCCGCGGCGCCUCCUCGGGCGGCCACGCCGCUGCCGGAGGGGCCCUGUCCUCCUCCGCCUCCCCUCCGCCCCCCCCGAUG